CCUCCUCCUCCUCCUCCUCCUCCUCCGCCACCGGCCUCCGAUCGCUUCAGGAUGAGCGUCCCAGACUACAUGCAGUGUGCCGAGGACCACCAGACUCUCCUCGUCGUGGUACAGCCCGUCGGCAUCGUCUCCGAGGAGAACUUCUUUAACAUCUACAAGAGGAUUUCCACCGUGAGCCACAUCAAUGUGCGCGACUCCCAGCGGGUGCUGUACAUCCGCUACCGCCAUCACUACCCGCCGGAGAAUAACGAAUGGGGAGACUUUCAGACCCACCGCAAAGUCGUGGGCCUCAUCACCAUCACUGAUUGCUGCUCCGCCAAGGACUGGCCCCAGACCUUCGAGAAGUUCCAUGCGCAGAAGGAGAUGUACGGCUCUACGCUGUACGAUUCGCGCCUGUUUGUUUUUGGGCUGCGGGGCGAGAUCGCCGAGCAGCCUCGCACGGAUGUGGCCUUUUACCCCAACUACGAGGAGUGCGACACGGUGGAGAAGAGAAUCGAAGACUUCAUCGACUCCCUCUUCAUCGUGUUGGAAUCUAAACGGCUUGAUCGGGCCACUGAUAAGUCGGGAGAUAAGAUUCCACUUCUCUGUGUACCGUUUGAGAAGAAGGACUUUGUCGGGCUGGACACAGACAGUAGACACUAUAAGAAGCGGUGCCAAGGACGGAUGCGGAAGCAUGUUGGCGAUUUGUGCCUUCAAGCAGGGAUGUUGCAGGAUUCCUUGGUUCAUUACCACAUGGCGGUGGAGCUUCUGCGGUCUGUAAAUGACUUUUUAUGGCUUGGAGCUGCCCUAGAAGGACUAUGCUCUGCGUCUGUGAUCUAUCACUAUCCUGGAGGCACCGGGGGUAAAAUGGGGGCUCGACGGCUGCAAGGUAGCUCACUUCCAGCUGACUCAGGCAACCGGCAUCGACCAGGAGCCCAAGAAGUUCUCAUUGACCCAGGUGCCCUCACCACAAAUGGAAUCAAUGCAGACACCAGUGCAGAAAUAGGACGUGCCAAGAACUGCCUCAGCCCAGAAGACAUAAUAGAUAAAUAUAAAGAGGCUAUUUCCUAUUAUAGCAAGUAUAAAAAUGCUGGUGUGAUUGAGUUGGAAGCUUGCAUCAAGGCAGUGAGAGUCCUUGCAAUUCAGAAGAGAAGCAUGGAAGCGUCUGAGUUUCUGCAGAAUGCAGUUUAUAUUAAUCUUCGCCAGCUCUCAGAAGAAGAAAAAAUCCAGCGCUACAGCAUCCUAUCUGAGCUCUAUGAGCUGAUUGGCUUCCACCGAAAGUCUGCGUUUUUCAAGCGGGUGGCGGCCAUGCAGUGUGUAGCCCCGAGCAUCCCUGAGCCCGGGUGGAGGGCCUGCUACAAGCUGCUGCUGGAGACCCUGCCCGGCUACAGUCUGUCUCUGGAUCCCAAAGACUUCAGUUAUGGAACUCAUCGAGGUUGGGCCGCAGUACAGAUGCGUCUGCUCCAUGAGCUGGUGUAUGCUUCUAGGAGAAUGGGGAACCCUGCUCUCUCUGUCCGGCACCUGUCCUUCCUGUUACAGACCAUGCUGGACUUCCUGUCUGACCAGGAAAAAAAAGAUGUAACCCAGAGUUUAGAGAACUACACAUCAAAGUGCCCUGGCACCAUGGAGUUUAUUACACUCCCGGAUGGUUUAAACUUGCCUCCUGUUCCCUUCACCAAACUCCCCAUCGUAAGGCGCGUGAAACUUCUGAACCUACCUGCCAGCUUGCGGCCCCAGAAAAUUAAAAGCUUAUUGGGUCAGAACACAUCAACCAAGAGUCCCUUCAUUUACUCUCCGAUUAUCGCACACCACCGGGGAGAAGAGCAAAGUAAGAAAAUAGAUUUCCAGUGGGUUCAAGGAGAUGUAUGUGAAGUCCAGCUGAUGGUGUAUAAUCCAAUGCCUUUUGAGCUCCGAGUGGAAAACAUGGGUCUGCUGACAAGUGGAGUAGAGUUUGAGUCUCUCCCUGCUGCUCUUUCUCUGCCCGCCGAAUCUGGCCUUUACCCGGUGACCCUGGUCGGAGUCCCUCAGACGACAGGGCAGAUUGCUGUUAAUGGCUACCACACUUGUGUUUUUGGUGUGUUCAGCGACUGCUUGCUGGAAAAUCUCCCUGGGAUAAAAACCAAUGGUUCAACGGUGGAGGUCAUUCCUGCUUUACCCAGGUUGCAGAUCAGCACUUCCUUGCCAAGGUCUGCUCACACACUGCAACCUUCCUCUGGUGACGAAAUAUCGACCAACGUAUCUGUCCAGUUGUUCAACGGAGAAACCCAGCAACUGAUCAUUAAGUUGGAGAACAUUGGGACCGAGCCACUGGAUAAACUGGAGGUGACCUCCAAAAUGGUCACGACCAAAGAAAAGCUGUAUGGGGACUUCUUGAGCUGGAAGUUAGAGGACACGCUUGCACAGUUUCCUCUCGCACCGGGGAAGAUCGCAACAUUCACAGUGAACAUUAAAGUGAAGCUGGACUUCUCAUGCCAGGAAAAUCUCCUGCAAGAUCUCAAUGACGAUGGAAUUAGUGUCGGCGGACUUCCCCUCUCCAGUCCAUUCCGGCAGGUGGUCAAGCCCCGAGUAGACAGCAAACCCACCAACCCCCCCGAAAGCAGUAAAGCUGGAGACUUCAGUCAUGUCAAGACGCUGGAAGCCAUCUUGAACUUCAAAUACUCUGGGGGCCCCGGACACAUAGAUGGGUAUUACAGGAACCUUUCCUUGGGACUUCACGUUGACGUGGAGGCCUCUGUGUUCUUCACCCGUGUCAGCACUCUUCCAGCCACGAGCACUCGUCAGUGCCAUCUCCUCCUGGACGUCUUCAACUCUACAGAGCAUGAGCUGACCGUCAGCGCUAAAAGUAACGAAGAUCUCAUUCUGCACGCUGGAGAGUGCCAGCGCAUGGCCAUUCAGGUGGACAAGUUCAACUUUGAAAGUUUCCCAGGAACUCUUAGUGAAAGCCUUCAGUUUGCAAACCCGAAGCAACUGGAGGAAGAGCGGCAGCAGGCAAGAGGUCUUGAGAUCAACAGCAAACUCGACAUCCAUUGGCGUAUCCCCUCUUUGAAGCGUCAGGGAGAGGCGAGUGUCGAGGGGAUCCUGAACCAGCUGGUACUGGAGCACCUGCAGCUGGCGCCUCUUCAGUGGGAUGUCUCGGUGGACGGCCAGCUGUGUGACUGUGACGUGGUUGCCGACUGCCCGGUGGGAGACCCUGUGCGCCUGGAGGUGAAGUUGACCAACUGGAGCGCGGGCUGCGUCGGGCCCUUCGCCCUCACCGUGGUCCCGUUCCAGGACUACCAGAACGGCGUUCACAGCUACGAGCUGCAGGGCGCCGUCUCCUUCGUGGGCUCUGACACGUUCCAUAUUGACGCUGUUCAGCCUGCAGAAAACUCCAUGUGCUUUGGAGCCCUGCUCUUUCUCUACACGGGAGACUUCUACCUGAACAUCAAAUUUCAUGAAGACAACCCAAGCAAGGAACUUCCCCUGUCCUGGUUCUGCCUACCCAGUGUUCACAUCCGCACCCAUGAGCCCGGCAGCAGGUCCAGACCGGCGUCCUGAGCGGAGCUGGGCCGUUCAAGCUGACUGCAUUCCUUCCCCACCACCAGUUCCACUCUCGCUUGCUCUCCAUGACUGCUCCCGGACACCCGCUUCUGGGAGUGCGGCAGCAGUGGUGGUGGAGCCAACUGGGAACGGGCCCCGGGAUCAGAGUGUCCAUCAUUUCCUCUGGCCCAGGGUUGUCGCCCUAAGGGCAAGUGGCUCCCCCACUGGGGGGCCACCACCCCAUAGCUGGGACCCCUUGGGGCUUGUCCUCCUCCUCCUCUUCCCCACCUAGUCCCUCCUCUUCCUCUUCCCCUGCCUUUCCCAGCUUCCUGUGUACCCACUGGAUUCUUGCUGUGUACCUGCUGUAUGCCUGCCGGGCGCUCCCUGCGUAUCCAUUCUGUGCACACUGGAGCCUGCCGGUUGACCGCUGUGUGCCUCCUGGGAGCUCCCUGGAUGCCUGCCGUGUGGCCUCCAGUUAGCCACUGUGUUCGCCCCGGGAGCAAGGGCUGGAGUCCGGAGUAUUGGAGCCAGCCCUGGCCGGGUGACCCCCUCCACCUCCGGGAGCUGCGGCAUUGCCCCACACAAGAAGACACGUGAAAGGCCGGAACUGAAAUGGAACAAGCCAGUUUUGUCCUCGGGUUCCCAACGAGGAUAUGUGGAGAACGACCUUGGUGACUACCGGCCUCUAGGGCCAAGGCUCUCCCCAGCCUCUGCUGCCGGGUCGGGCGAUGGGGUUCCUGCCCCAGGUGGGGCUUCACCGGGGGCUGGGGCGAGGGAUGAGCAGAGAGGUGAGUGUAGAUUCCUCUGUGAAGCGAAACCGGUCAAACCCUCGGAUAAGUGUCCUGGGAACCUGGGCCGAUUCCGAGAGCUGCAGGGAGGGGAGAGCGACAGUUUCCCGUUGUUGGGCAGGCCCCCAGCUCUCCCUGACUUGGGGUUCGGUUGGAGCUCUUCUCCUCUCUUUUCCUUUCAGCCUUUCCUGAAAGGCCUGGUUACUGACCAGGCCUACCUGCCUGCCUGCCUGCCUACCUGCCUGCCUGCCUGCGUGGGCAGAGAAGGCACUGAUCACUAACCGGGCUUCUGUCCACCGUUGCACCCUGUGUCUCUGUUCUGGCCACCGCCAUGGCCCUUGUCACUCUGCGCUGUCCUUGUGCCCAGGUUGAAUCUGUCUCUCCGUACUGUCUUCAUGCCCCACAUCUCUCUGCUCUGUCGUCCCGCCGUGUCUCUGCUCUGUCCUCGUUCCCCUUUCUCUGUUCCUUCCUUAUUGCUUUGAAAUCAAGGCUUGCCUUGAGGCUCCUCCAUGCACCUGUCCCCUCCUCGCUCCCCAGUCAGCUCCCCUGAGCGUUCGGGGCGAGUGUUGACUGCUUUCCGAGUCCUUGGUCGUUGCUGUGAGGGAAAGGAAAUUUCCUGCUUAUUUAACCAUCAGAUCUUUGCUUCUGGAGAAGCUUACGUCCAGUAUGAGCCCAAUUACCCAAAUAAACUUCCUUAUGCUUUCCUUAGA